AUGGCGACGCUCUUCCCGUCUGCUGUGUUUACGCAGCGCAGCGAAUCAAACUCUCGCUCGUGGCGCGAGGAACCCCAAGAUGAUGGAGAGACGCUGCUGUACUUGACGCCAUGUGGCACUGACAAGUACCUCCCCCCGGAAAUGCUGAGCUGGACUGUCAACUGUGGAUGGAAGUGCAAACCCGCAACGCUUCGUAUGGCGCGUCAACUUGACGCGUACGCCAUUGGAAUUGUUGCGUAUGUCCUCCUCAGUGGCUGUUUUCCUUUUAACGGGGCCUCGCGGGCAAGCAUGGCCCAACAACAGCAACGCUGCACCCCAAAGUGCAAUAGUGCUCACUGGAAGCACAUUAGUCCCGAGGCAAUUUCGUUUGUGCAGUCAGUCUUGGAGCCGGAUCCGGAUAUCCGGAGCACAGUCACAGAGGCACUGACACAUCCGUGGAUGCAACGUGCCGCCCAGUUUGCAGAAAAACUUUUGCUUGUGCCUGAGUCUCUGGAGGAGCUGCAAGUAGGCGGCAAUGCGUCCGUGGGGGCAUCUACGAGAAGGAAGGAAGCCCAGACGCCCUCACCUCAUAUGCAUCAGCAGCAGGGUGCAACCCUUGCGGGGCGGCAUCCCAAAGACGUUUUCGCCGCUGCAGAUAAUAGUAGCUGUGCGUUGCGGCGGUCAGCCACCCAUGACAAUUUUAUAUAUUGUGGCAACAGGGCAAGCGCCACUCCUGAAUUCCUGCCAUCGAAAGUGGACCACGCGGGGGCGGGGGGGCUGGUGAAGGCGUCUGAAGAAGAGAAGCCGCAGGCGACCUCAACAAGGACGACGAUAACAGCAAUGCGGGAGAAAGAGGCAAGCUGUGUGGCUCACACCAUGUCGCCAUCGGCGUGGCCGUCGCAGGCACUUUUAUCUGGUUCUCCGCCGACGCAAACAGCCGCGUCGCUGUUGGCGCAGAUUUCAGCUAUGCAGGGGGCUUCUCACGGCGGUGACGAUAUUGCUGGGAAGCCGUCGAAUAUCGAUUCAGAAACGGCGAAGGAGAAUAUAGACUUUGAUGAGGAGACCGACCCGUUCCAUCGCAUCUUCAAAACGGUUAUGUCUGGAAAGUGA